CUGAUACUGGGAAGUAAAUAAUGUGAUUGUUCAAUAUUAUAGAGGUCAAAUAAAGUUGCGGAGCUUCAGAAACUUUAUAAACGUCAACUUAAAUAUUCAAAAUGCAAGAAGAAUUUUACGCUGCUGCCGAAAAAAUUUUGAGCGAUUUAUACAAUUUAUUUUCAAAGGAUCCUAAAUUGAAAAGUUUUGAAAUACUGCCUGUAGUGCAAAUCGAGAAUAAGUCACCAAUACAUGUUGAGGAGCAUUGUUUAGCUUUAGAAUCCUGGUGUGUGCCUCAUAUUUACUGUUAUGCCUACAAGAAUUUGAUGAAUCAUAGACAAAUAAAAGGAAAACUUAGAGAUGCUGAAAAAUGCAACACCUUGCUAAUGGGUGCCUUGCUACUGAACCCGGACAUAACAACAUUUUGGAAUAUGAGGAAGGAACUUAUUAGAAGUGGAAAAUUAGAUCCAUAUUUUGAUUUACAUUUUACAUCUGUUAUAUUGACAUUCAAACCAAAAUGUGCUGAUUUGUAUGCUUUUCGGAAAUGGAUACUUAAGUAUUUAGUCCAGAGUUCUAGAAAUAAUGAAAAUUUAUUUGAAAAUGAAAUCCAAAUUUGCGAAGCUGCUGCAGAUCGUUACUCAAAUAACUACCAUGCUUGGACUCAUCGCAUUUGGUGUUUGACACAGUCUUUGCCAAAUUCAUUACAAAGAGAAUGGGCUGCUUCCAUGAAAUGGGUCCAAAGACAUGUUUCUGAUUAUAGUGGAUUCCAUUACAGGCAGAAGUUAAUAACAUUCCUUUUAUCUUACAUUGAUAGUAGGUCAUAUGAUCAGGAAGUUAUCAAGUUAAUAUUAUUCAGUGUUGACGAAGCCACUGAAGGAUUUCUUCACAACUUCAAAACAUAUGAAUUGACGGCUCAGACCAUUCCUCUUACAUUGAAGAUAUUUGUUUACGAACUCUCACUUAACUCAGAUUUAAUUUGGAAUUUUGUUGGACAUGAAGCCCUCUGGUGCCAUCGUAGGUUCAUAUUUCAUGAAAUAAAAAGGUUAUUAUUAGAUUCAAACUGUCCAAAAUAUUGGGGUCGCCUUGAUACAUCCAAUCCUGCUGAUGGUACACCUCCUGAAAAGACUCCAAAGAUUGGGAAACAUAGUGUAGGAAGUGAGUUUUCUUUAAUUCUAAGUAUAUAUGAAGACAUGUUUCUAGCAAAAUGUUCUGAUGAAAGAGAACCUAGACAAAUGUUCUAUGCUAACAAACAUAAGCAGUGGCUAGCCAAGUUUUCUAAAUUUCGCUUACCUUUGAAUGAAGAUAGGGAUAAUCCAGUUUUUAGAGGGAGUUACAAAUGAUCAUAUAUUUUAGAAAUAGUCUUUCUUUAAAACAUAGUUAAUGAGUAGAAACACAUAGUAUCAAUUCAAAGUGUAUCUGAGCUAAGAUGUUAUAGGGUUCCACUUUUGACUCAGUUGAUAGUAUGUAAUAUUAAAUCUUCUAAUAAUAGUAAAAAUUAAUGUACAUACUUUUUUUAAACUACUGUAAUCAAACAGCCAUAAAUUAAGCAGUCAAGGUUCAUUAAGAAGUUAUGUUUUUUUACACUUGCUACUACUGCUUUGUUUAUUAACUGUUUUGAAAAUGUUAUUUUAAAAGACCAUUAUAGUCAUUAGUAGAUCUCUAUAACUGUAAGUAUAUGUAUAUAUUUUACUUAGUGGAAUUGUAAAACUUUAGAAUAUACAAUUUUUUAUACCCUUUAUAAAGAGAGUACAGUUAUUUAGUUAUAAAUCAUUAUAAUAGUUAGAGACAAUUUUUGAACAAUAUCUCAAUGGUAUAUUAGCCAGUUCUUAUAGAAGAAAGAGCCAUCAGCUGUUUAGAAUAACUGAGCUGAUUCUGAUGAAAGUUGAUAUCAACUUAAAAACUCACUAAUAAUUCCUUAGGAGUGUAUUAGUCAGUAUAUAUACAGACCUAGGAUUAUUGAUAUAAUAAUCUCUUAAAAUUAGUGGGUUUGGCAACCACAAAUUUGAUUAUGCGCUAAUACUGUUUUUAAAAUCCAAAGAAUUUGACAUCCGUGAAUUGAGUAUUAGAAUAUUCAUGGAAUAAAAAUCACAAGCUUAAGCAAUUUAAAGCAUAGUAUGUAUAUACAUACUGAAUAUAUAUUUUUACUAAUGAGGCAUAUUUCCACUUGUAAAAUGUAUUGAAUGAAAUUUCAUUGAAAGGAAAAGUUUUAUUUUGUUUCUUUGUUGUAAACGAUUAAGACAUUUUCCGUCAGUCAGAACAAAACUAAUUUAAUAAGAAAUAUAAAGAUAUAUAAGACACUUU